CAUUCGCGAAUUUCCUUUCGUUGCGUUCGCUACUGAAAAUCUAUAUAAAACCGUUGUGCUUCGGCCGGACAAGAGCUACAUGUAUUUUUGCUGCACGCCGAUCAAGUAGGGGUAGCCAUCCAGAGUUUCAAAGUGAACCUCCAACGGAAGGAAGAGUGCGAGUUUUUGUUGCAUUUUUGAUUUUGAGCUCGAAGAAGCAAUUGAGCAGAAAAUUUGCAUAAGCGUGAAAAUCUAGUGCAACUUGUCGGGCGCAGCUUAAACAGAGAGAGAGAGUGUAUACCGAUGUUUGUUCUGAAAGUGAAAGUUAAGAAUUUGCUAAACAUGAAGAUUGAAAUCAGAAAUUUGUUUUUGAUCACGAUUGUAACGGCCCUGCUGAAUCUGGCCGCGGCAUCAUCUUCAGCGUCGUCCAAUAGUUUCCUGAGUUUAGACGAGUUCAAUAGUUCUCCUACGCGUCACAAUCAUCGGCACCAUCCGUCAACCCAUCAGCAGCAACAGCAGCCACAGAAGGACAACUUCAUCCUGAUAGAUUAUCUGAGCGAUGGUGAACGGGAACGACGCAUCAAUUGGAAAGGAAUAGCCGGCAAGGAAACCAGCAUCGGUGAUAGGAGUAAAUCACUCAGCCUAUGGCAGAUGUCGGACGGCAAAAGUUUCAUCCAGAUGAUCUAUACCAGUGACGGUCAGCUGAUGGAUUGCGAGUAUAUUCGGCAGAAAAAGUUGGUCGCGAGCUUCCUCGAUCGUUUCUACGGUGAAAUCGAACAGGCACGUGCCCGUAACUUCACCUCGCCGCUGAUGGUGUCGAAGAACCGGCACUCGUUAGUUUCGGAUCAUGACUUUCGCGAGUUCAUCGAUAACGGCAUCGUUACCUCCGAAAUGGAAGACCUGCAGUACAACGUCCAGGAAUUCGCCGAUGGACAGUCUUUCGCUGCUGAUGGCGAUGCAUUUGGAUUACGAAAUCUAACGUACAUCCAGAUUGGGAGUGAAGCUGAAGUACCCAAGGAUCUGCAGAAGCUGAUGAAUUACCGACAAUUGAAACACAAGUGCGAUCAACGACACAAUCAGAUGAAAGACCUAGCACAUGGACUGCAAAGCAGUGAUCCACAAGAGCAACAGAAUGCCGGCGAAACCCUGCAAAGGCAUAAGCGUGCUAUCGCCGAUUGGUUCCUCUCUCCAAACACCAAGUGGUGUGGUAAGGGUCACUCUGCCGAACGUUACCAUCAGCUAGGAGGCGCGUCCCGGGCGGACAUGUGCUGUCGGCAGCAUGACUACUGUAAAUUGAAUAUUCCGGGUAUGACUACCAAGUGGGACGUGUUUAAUUACCGUCCCUAUACGAUAAGCCACUGUAGCUGUGAUCAAAGGCAGCGUCGGGAUUUAUCCAACAUGCUCCGAAUACCGGGCACCAAGUGGUGCGGUAAAGGUUGGAGUGCGCGGAACUACGUCGAAAUGGGCGGACUAUCGAAGGCGGAUCGCUGCUGCCGUCAGCACGACCUGUCGUGCCCGUUUUGGAUCCUGGGAUUCGAAACCAAGUACGGUGUGUUCAACUGGCGGGUUAACACACUGAUGCACUGUAGCUGCGAUGAGAGAUUCCGCACCUGCCUCAAGAUGGCCGAUUCCAGUGAUGCCAACAUGGUCGGCAAACUGUUCUUCAACAUUGUACAAUCCAAAUGUUUUGUACUGAAGCCGGAAACCGUGUGCACCAAAACAUCCUGGUGGGGCAAAUGUGAAAAGAAAGUAAGGCGGAAGCGGGCGCAUGUUCGUGAUAAUAGGAAAUAUUAGAGCCACAACGUUUGCCAGCCCUGCUAGGGACAUGGACGUCUAAUUUCGCCGUAAUACGCGGUUUUUGGUUUUGGGUGACACUCGCCAAAAAAAAUAAUUUUUUUUUUGGAAACAAACCAAAACGGAAAUAAUUCUCUGCUAACAGCAGUGAGGACUGGAAACCUAAAGGAGCAUUAUAACGAUGUUAUUUAUUGUCUAGAGCGCUAAGUUUAUUUAUUAAUAGCACAAGUUGGUGCCCGUGGCAUCUCAAUAACUGACUCCUUUAACAACAAUGAUUCCUAUUAAGUGUAAGGACAGUUGUAGACGACAGAUGUUUCUCUUUUUCGUGUCUUACAAAACCGGACAUUCAGAUGCCAACGUGAAUAUAUACUAUAUUCGCAAAAUUUCCAUCAUGCCAAGCUACCAGUUGCAUCUAAUUUUAGUGAACAAAAAUGGUACAAACCCCAUGACAAAAGUGUGAGCAACACAAAACAGUUGCCUUGUAAAUAUAUCAUUUUUUCAUCAUAUUUCCAUCUAUUUAUUGCUGAUACAUCUACGCAUCCUAGGGUUUAUGAGAUCAAAUAAAUCCAGAUAGUCGUUUAGCCAAUUUAAGAAAAUUUGAGAUACAGUUCUUAAACUAAUAAGCAUAAAUCAAUAAUCAAAAAUCGGUCGUAAUGCAUAGCGACAACCAAUUACUCUCAUGUAUAAAUGUACAUAAAAAGCAGGUAUUUCUAAUUUUAAAGUCACUACCAGCAGUAGGAGUUGAAAUAAUAAAAUUAUCUCGAAAAAAGUGAUACAAAAUGUACGAAUGUCGAUUUAUGUGUGUGCUAGCGUGAAUGGUGUUGAACGAGAAAUGGUAUGAGCUAUGUUUAGAUAUCUACAUAAUGAGCAUAGAUGUAAUUGGAAGACUACUUUUAAGAAAAAAAUAUAAUAUAAAAAACGUUAGAAAGUUUUGUUAAAAACAGCUUUGUAAAUAAAAUUCAUCUGAAAAUCUGAA